GCUGUGUGAGGAAAGAAAACUUGCUGAGGCUUUGUCAGCUGCUGCUUGUCCCCUAACACCACUUAAAGGGCACCUCUGCUGCAAUGGGGAGGCAAAAGGACGUUCUUGCUACUAUUGAGGAGCACCUGAGGAUCAGAAACAAACUAGUCCGGCAAGCGUUGGCUGAGUGUCUGGGGACGCUUAUUCUCGUGCUGUUUGGCUGUGGCUCCGUUGCACAGAUUGUGCUCAGCAGAGGGACUCAUGGAGGUUUCCUGACUGUUAACCUGGCUUUCGGCUUCGCUGUGACGCUCGGCAUUUUGAUUGCAGGACAAGUGUCAGGUGGACAUCUGAACCCAGCUGUCACUUUUGCCAUGUGCUUCUUGGCUCGGGAGCCCUGGAUCAAGCUACCAAUUUAUGCCUUGGCUCAAACCCUGGGGGCUUUUCUGGGAGCUGGCAUUGUCUUUGGACUGUACUAUGAUGCCAUCUGGGCUUUUGGCAGCAACCAGCUGUACGUAACAGGAGAGAAUGCCACUGCUGGCAUCUUUGCCACCUACCCGUCUCAGCAUCUGAAUGUUGUGAAUGGAUUCUUCGACCAGUUCAUUGGCACAGCUUCCCUGAUUGUUUGUGUCUUGGCUAUUGUUGAUCCAUACAACAACCCUGUCCCCACGGGGCUGGAGGCUUUCACAGUUGGCUUUGUUGUCCUUGUUAUUGGAACUUCCAUGGGCUUCAACUCUGGCUAUGCUGUCAACCCUGCCAGGGACUUUGGGCCUCGUCUCUUCACAGCCAUUGCUGGCUGGGGCACUGAAGUGUUCUGGACUGGUAAACAGUGGUGGUGGGUUCCAGUCGUUGCUCCUUUCCUUGGGGCCAUUGCAGGAGUGACAGUCUAUCAGCUGAUGAUUGGAUGUCAUGAUGAGCCUUCUCCACCUGCCUCUGAGCAGGAGACGGUCAAGCUGGCUAACGUGAAGCACAAGGAAAGGGUCUGAGGAAACUGCCACCUGCAUCUGGCAGACAUUUAUUACUCAGGACUGCAGCUGGCAAAGAGGAGGAAGGGGUUAAGAAGAGCUUCAAGAAUAACAGGAAGAGUUUUUUCCUGUCUUGAGAUAUUCUAGCGCUUUUUUUUUUUUAAAAAAAAAAUAAAUAUAUAUGUAUCCCUGAAACUUUUGCUUUAGGCAUUUUCCUGUGAGCUUUUCCCCAAAUGCAGUAUCAUGUAAUCUUUCCCUAGCAGAAGGGGGUUGAGGACUGCAGGAGUCAGGAGAGAAGUGGGCAUUGUUAUCCGACACCUCCAACAUGGGCUGACUUUUCAGGAAUCCAGAGCACUUCUGGGCUGUGUUGCUGGCCUUGCCUGUGAGCUUGGCAAACAAAGUGCUUCCCUCCAAACCUGUGUCUCCAUCUAUAGAGUGGGAAUCGUGCAAAACCUAAACUGUUUUGCUAGCAAGGAAAGGAAAAUCCUAUAUCCCAGAAAGAAAUUUGCUUCUGAUUCUAAUGGAUCAAGCUCAUGCUUGGUGUUGCUCUCAAGUCAAUAACUUGGCACCAGGAAUGAACUUGUCUAAAGGAUUUUUAUUGGCCAAACUUCUUAUGUCUGCCGUGAAUUCUUAGAGCAUGAUAUCAAUCAGCUCAUCCAUAAUGUCAGAGCAGAGAGUGAGAUUGCACUGGAUUUUUAGUAUAACAUUAAGACAAAAUGUUUACAAACCACUACACCCUGGUGUUGUAAUCAUUAUUUCUAAUAUUGCCAAUUCCUAGAAGAUAACACAAAAGAAAUCAUGUUCUAGCCAGGGGCUAACUUGGGAAGAAAUCUUGCCUCCCUGUAGCAGCCUUUCUAGUUAAUCAGCUUUGUAUAUAAACUGCAAGCAGCUAAUAGGCACAUUCCACUGGAAACAAGAUAUUGCUAAAGUUGUGUGUGUUCAUGUGAAUUUCACAAUAGCGGUGUUCUUUUUUUUUUUUUU